CUUGAAGGUACUCACAUUUGUGACAUGCUGUCUUUGGACUGGAUGGCUAGACCCGGGUGGCCCACGGUCAGUCGCCUGGGCUUCCUUCUAUGCAGCAUCAGUUACCGAUAGACUUGCCCAUAUCUUGACUUCGUUGUGAAGGCGACGCCCCUGUGGCUCAUGGUUCCCUCUCUACCGAAAAUUCUCUAUCCGUAUCACCCUGCUCGGCCCCCGGCAUGCUGCAAUCUACGACAAGCCCUGGCCGGCGAAGGUGUGCGAACACAAAGAACGAAGAGCACUCUGGGAACACCUGGUCCUGAGGGCGCCCUGCUUGCGGGCUGGCUGGGGGUUGUAUCGUUUCUAAUGCUUACCCCCGGUGGUGUACUAGCUUCAUUAACUUGCCGUCAAAAAUGCCCCAGUGUUCCGGCCUUUCCUAGUCUACCAUCUGCUGAGGCUUCGGUUCCCGGAGUGCGACGGUCAUCACGGACCAUAUACCUUGGCCGGGUUGGUACUGAGGAGCUGCCCCUGGCCUUCCGACAUGCAGCACUCGGCACUGCCGUUUCAAUUGGAGUCUCUUUUAAAGAAUACCAGGGUGCAGCCAUAUUCUGGCCCAUUUUGUUGGGUGUGGGGAAGGUAUUCAGUUACCAGGUGAUACUACUCCGUGCUGUUGAAGCUUGUUUAUCCUUGCCUUGCCGGCGGGAGGGGUACAAAGGCUUCGCCAAACCUGCUGUUUUCUACUCCGUACAGGCAAGUGCAAUCUUAUGACAGGCUAGUGCAUUCGGCAUGGCCGACUAUCUAUAUAGGGCAGGUGAUGGAUCUCAAGCAACGGGGUAAAUUAUCUAGCUGG